AUGGCAGCCUCAAAGUCUUACCUUGUCUUACCUUUACUCAUGGUAAUAUCAAUCUCGAACCUCCACGCCAGCUGGGGGGCCCGCAAACUGUUGCAAACUUCUCAACCGGCACAGCCCACAAUCCCUUCACUGCCUAAGCCCACACUGCCGCUGCCCACCAUCCCAUUGCCUACACUACCAACAAAUCCAUCCCUUCCACAGUUGCCAUCAUUGCCGACACUUCCUACCACCAUUCCAAAGAUGGCUCUGCCUCCACAGCUAGCAGCCUCACUGCCUACUAUGCCUUCUUUCCCGAACCUCCCGACUACAAUUCCCUCUCUUCCUUUCCUCUCAUCACCGCCUUCGAACUAG